AUCAUGGCUCUGAAUGCGGCAGGUAGGUGAGGGAGGAGGUGUCACCAUGGCAACUGCGGCUGUUGGGCCUGGCAACGGCGACCCAGAUUGGGAGCCUCCGUCCGAAGCGGAGCUGAAGGUGAUCCAGGCCCGGCGUGAGAGACAAGACAAGAUCAGCAAGCUGAUGAGCGAGUACCUGCUCAAGGGCUACCGCAUGCUGGGCGAGUGCUGUGAGGACUGCGGGACUAUUUUGCUGCAAGACAAGCAGAAGAAAUUCUACUGUGUUGCCUGCCAAGAACUUACUUCUGAUGUCGACAAGGACAAUCCAGCCCUGAAUGCCCAAGCUGCUCUGUCACAAGUGCGAGAACGCCAGCUAGCCUCCAAUCCUGAAGAUACUACUUCGCCAGAGUACUUCUCCUCCCUGCAGACUCCCCGUCAUGUGCCACGCCCAGAACACUGUGAAGGGGCAGCCUCAGGACUUAGAGCAUCUGCGCCCACUCCAGCUCUCCCAGUGCCUGUCCCGGUGCCUGCCUCGCCACCUCCUACCCGUGCCCUGGCUGCAGUAGAGGAAGCCAUAUUGCAGAAGAUCAGCUGGGCAGGCCAAGAGCUCCAGCAGAGCACCUCCAUCGAGACAAGCAUACAGCUUUGUUCACUUAUCCGCUCCUGUACUGAAUCACUAAAGGGCAUCAAGGAACUGCUGCAGUGAGAUGGUUCUGUUUUCUCAGGGCACCAAGAGAAGAGAGGCUAUGCCUGUAACACCAAAGGGGGGGUCCCUUUCAGAAACUAGCAUAUGAGCAAUUAAGAAGCCACAUCUGACUCUGAUUAAAACCCAUGCGCUUUGCUUCA